UAAGCAGCUAAAUCACAUACCUUAGCAUCACAAACCAUCCACAAACAACAACAAUUCAAAGCAAAAAACAGUAAGAAAGAUGGCCCAACCUGUUAAUCCUAGCCGCGCUUAUGAAGAGUACAACCCUCCAUCUGAACUUUCUACAGAAGAAGGAUGUGAUAUCAUCCUCCUUUAUCUUCCUGGGUUUAAAAAGGAUCAGCUGAGAGUUCAGUUAUCAACAUCACGCAUUCUCAAGGUCAGUGGAGAACGUCCGAUUGGUAAUAACAAAUGGAGACGAUUUACUAAAGAAUUCACCGUUCCAAGUAGCUGUGAUACCAAAGGGAUCACCGCUAAGUUUGAAGGCGGUAUUCUAUACCUCCGUCAGCCUAAACUGAUCACAUCUUCCGCUGCACCUGCACCAAAAACAGCUGCUACGACACCUUCAGCAGCUGGUGCGACAGCUGCAGCAGCAUCUGCACUACAAACUGAUGCAGAAGCCGCAGCACGUUCACCAGCAGAACAAUCAACUGUGCCAAAUGCGGCACCAGAACAACAGAAACAAUCUGCAUUACCACAUGUUGAUACACAGCAGACGCAGAGUCCUCUGAAUGAACCUAAAAAGGAUUUGGAGGAGAAGAAGACAGAGAUAAUGCACAAAGAAAAAGACGAAAUUUCAAAGGAAAAGAGUGAGAUUAUAUCGAAAGAUGAGGAAAGACAAACAAUGUGUCAACUAACACCAAGGCCGAGACAAAUGGUGGGUAGAAGAGGGUUUUUUGAAGAGUUGAGGAAGCCAGAAAAUUGCAAGAGGCUUGUAGUUUCUGUUCUACUGGUGCUUGGUGUUGGGUUCUAUGUUAACUACAUGUUCAAAUCAUUCUUAGAGGAUGAUAAAGAAUUGUGAAUUCUACAGAAAAUACACAUAAUAACACGAUGCUAAUAGAUAUGUAAAUAUGAAUCAAGGAACUAAAAAUGUAUAAUUCAGAUGUAUAAUUUGAUAUUUGUCAUAAAGAUAUAAAUUGGUUUGGCUUCAUCAUGGAAA